AAGAUCGUAUUCUCGCAGUGCUGUAGAAUGAAGAUGAAGAUGUCUAAGUAUAAGUAUUCAAAAGUAGAGAGCACAAGUUAAUUGUGCAAAAUAAAUUCGAAGAGAUGUCGUGGGUGAGGAAAAAUAUGGAGACAAAGCAGAGCAACGGCCGAGGCAGUCCAGCAGCGGUGUUUUUAAUCGGCGCACUGUUCACGUCGGCUCCGUUUUUGGUAGGUGCCAAUAUUAAGGGCCGUAGUCGAUGAUUAUCGUGUGCUGAUGUUUAUCCUGUCAUGAUUUUUAUCCUGUGGAAUGAUUAUCCUGUGAGUGUGGUCUGUGGUCCUGACUGGAUCUCUAUCUAUUUAUUUCAAUAAGAAACCAAGGUGAACAUAUAGGGAAGUAGAACUUUGUGGGUGGACACCAUAAUGUGAUAAAGGGGGGAGAUAGUAUCCAGGAAAUGAUCACUCACACUCACCUGCGAAAAAUGAUCAUUGUCUACUACCUAACCUAACCAUCACUAGACAAUAUCCUGAUCACUCACAUCAUUCAUCUGCGGAUAAUGAAGAUGAUUCGUAUACAACUAGUACCUUUAACACUAGCUGGCUAGACACGAACCUACUUGGGGCGGCGAAAAAUGUCACCCUAGUGUUACUCUUUCACGCCUUCCAGAUCAUAUUCCUAGCGGUCUUGCUUUCCAACGCUCUGCAAGCUGCGAUGACGUAUCCUUCUCCACAGGAUCAUACUGAAGGACACGAGGACGAGUCGCUGCCGCUACUUUUGGGCAAUAUUGGGGCUCCCGGACAACGGGCAUUAUAUUUCUCAAGCAUGGAGGCGCCACAAGCUGAGGACAAGGACGCAUCUUACGCUAACGACUUUUGAGUCAAAGUUGUGCUUGUAUCAGAAUUCUUUGUGCUCUGACUUUUUUUUGGUCAUAGAAGGAUCCUAGCAUCAGGUAAUGAUGAAGCUAGCUUUCGGGAGCUCUAAGUUCAUCUCGAGACAGGCAGCAGGUGGAGUCAAUAUCUUUACGCACGAAUCGACUCGUGGGCUCUCUUGUUGGGAAGUGUAUUGCUGCUAGUGCAUCCUACUUUGUUAAGGCCACGGCUCAAGCAUCCUAAGCAAGAUCCUUCACAAACCCUGGCCCUAAAAAAUUCUACUCCGAAAAGAUAGCGAAGCCAAGGAUAUGACUCUCAGGGAAGAUGCCAACGUGGCAGCUCUAACUUUGGUCGUUCUGUCCGACUCGCAAGUUGUAUCGAUUAAUACGACUGGAGGACCUACACCGCAGUCGUCUCUACUCAGAUUUUCUGCGACGAUUUUGGGGUAUGCAACAGUUGCAAGUGUAGUCGUCCGGACACGUUUCAGCCUGUUGAGUUAGAUCUAGAGAUUGAGAAGAAAGGCUCCUAUUGUAGUGAUGUUUAAUUAUGAAUUUGAAUUUAUUUGUUUUUUCCAUUUGGAUUCGCUGAUAGAUGUAUCAGGUUUGAACGCAGAGUCGUCCAUCUGUGUUUGCACAGAAGAUUAUCCUACAGCUAAUUGGAG